UGCGGGCAGACCAGCAUAGACGAAACCACCAGAAGCCGUUCGAAAGCCCAAAAGCCCGGAAUCCUGCGCAUCCAAAAAAAAAACAAGAACAGCAAAAACCAAAAAUUUCAAUCAAUCAAAUGCCUGCUUUUGGAAUCCCCACCCCCCACGCGUCAAACCUCACCAGUCCCCCACCCCGGAGCAAUAUAUGAAUAGUCCUCCGGUUCGCAUGGUAUGCGCACGCGGGCCGACAUCGAAAAUUUUGCAGGCUGGUCGGCCCUACUCUCCGCAGUUGCUAACCACUGCACAUCGUCAGAAAAGCGUAAGACAUAUCAUAAAAUGAACAGAACCCUCGCCUUUGUCUCGGUGGCCGCGGCCGGCGUGCUUGCAUACGCCGCCUACUUCGACUACAACAGAAGAUCAUCGCCCGAGUUCAGAAAGAACUUGAAGAAAAGACAGGUCAAGCAGCAGAAAUCCGCGGCCAAGCAGCAGGAGGAGCUGCGCAAGUCCUUGAUGCUCACUGUCAAGAAGGCCUUGACCGAGGACUUGGCCGCAAACCCCAUCCCCACGGACUUGUCGAAAAAAGAGGAGUUUUUCAUGGAGCAGGUGGCCACCGGCGAGCAGUUGGCCAACAACCCAACUACGAAGGUGGACGCGGCCUUGCGUUUCUACAAGGCCUUGGCCGUGUACCCCAACCCUACUGACAUCAUGGGCAUCUACCAGAAAACCGUGCCGGAGGACGUCUACGAGUUGUUGGUGAUGAUGAUUGCCAUCCAGCCUCCGGCCACAAUCACCAAUAUCAUUGGAGGUGCCGCUGGGGUUUCUGGCGCUGCCGCUGCCGCGGAGGCUGCUGCUGCUGCUGUUGCUGACGAGGAGACCAAGCCCUCGGAAGUCGACUUGGAUUAAUGACGUCAUGACCUGGAGUCCGUGUUUUUAUUAGAUGUACAUAGGGGCCCGGCCCUUCCUUUUUUUCUAGCUAAUAGAAACUGCACCGAAUGUUUUGAGAUGCUGCCGGGCUUGCGGCUUGUAAGACGAGUGCUAUGUGACCGUUCCUGAAAGAGAUGGGUGUGGGUCACGUGGGCCGGUCGACGAAUGGCAGGACACAGGGCCUGAACCGGGUGGUCGAGGUGUUGCACGAAGCAGUGGGUGUUUUGCUGACAGUGCAUUUGCUGACAGGGCAAGACAAGAGAUUUUCUUUGAAAGUGCAAAUAUUGAAUAUUUGCUGACCGUGCAAGAGGUGGAAUUUUCGCUGAAAGUGCAAGUUUUGGACAUUUGCUGACUCCAAUACUUUUUUUUUGGCUGACGUAUCUGAUUGAAGGAGCAAAAGUAUACAAUUAACAUAUAUAACCUUCAACACAGGUCCCACAUACGUACCAAGUGUCGAAACUCGG